CUCACCUGACUCAAAUUUAAAUUAUUAAUUCUGGUUCGCAAUGACAAUGACAAAACCCUAAAUCCCCGACCUUGACUACACUUGCUCUUCUCCGCUCCGCCUCCUCUACUGCCAGAGCUGUCACACAGAACCAGAAAAAUGCCUUUCAAGAGGUACGUUGAGAUCGGAAGGGUGGCUCUCGUCAACUACGGCGAGGACUAUGGGAAGCUCGUCGUCAUCGUCGACGUCCUUGACCAGAACAGGGCUCUGGUUGAUGCCCCUGAUAUGGUGAGGUCCCAAAUGAAUUUCAAGAGACUUUCUCUGACUGACAUCAAAAUCGAAAUCAAGAGGGUCCCCAAGAAGAAGGAACUGCUUGCUGCCAUGGAGACCGCUGAUGUGAAGAAGAAGUGGGAGAACAGCUCGUGGGGUAGAAAACUGAUUGUUCAGAAGAGAAGGGCGGCUCUUAAUGACUUUGAUCGGUUCAAGCUCAUGCUGGCUAAGAUUAAGAAAGCUGGGCUUGUCAGAAAUGAACUUGCAAAACUGAAGAAGCAGAGUGCAGCUUAGGCAAUAAUUUUAGUUUACAAUUUUAUCAUGGAUUUCUUUUUCGAAACUGUAUCGGAUCUUUUAUCAAUUUUAGCUUUUCAGAGAUUUUUUCCGUUUCUAAUAUCAUUGACACUGUUUUGAUAUAUAGAUUUUCAGUUUCCUGUA